ACAGACAGUUGGCAACGCGGCACGCCGUCACAGUGCGACUGUCAAAGCAAAGCGAUAAAAAGUUUGUCUCCGCAUUAAAAAAGCCACAGGAAUAUUUUCCAGCAUUUCGAAAAUAUGAUACGGGCACCGCUAGUCAAGGCGCUGGGCGCUCUGGGCUCGCCCACACAUCAGAUGGCCAGCCGGGCGGUGCGCACCAGCGCCAUUUUGGCCCAGACGCCGGCGAAGGCGCCCGAGAAGAUCGAGGUCUUUGUGGACGACAUUCCUGUGCAGGUGUUGCCCGGCACCACUGUGCUGCAGGCGGCUGCCCAGAUCGGCGUGGAGAUUCCCAGAUUUUGCUACCACGAGCGCCUGGCCGUUGCCGGCAAUUGUCGCAUGUGCCUGGUGGAGGUGGAGAAGAGCCCCAAGCCGGUGGCCGCCUGUGCCAUGCCCGUGAUGAAGGGCUGGCGAAUCAAGACCAACUCCGAUCUGACCCGCAAGGCUCGCGAGGGCGUCAUGGAGUUCCUGCUGAUGAACCAUCCGCUGGAUUGCCCCAUCUGCGACCAGGGCGGCGAGUGCGAUCUGCAGGAUCAGGCCAUGGCCUUUGGCUCCGAUCGCUCCCGCUUCACCGACAUCAACUACACCGGCAAGCGAGCUGUGGAGGACAAGGACAUUGGACCGCUGGUCAAGACCAUCAUGACUCGUUGCAUCCAUUGCACUCGCUGCAUACGCUUCGCCUCCGAGAUCGCCGGCGUGGAUGAUCUGGGCACCACGGGUCGUGGCAAUGACAUGCAAAUCGGAACGUAUGUGGAGAAGCUCUUCCUCACCGAGCUCUCCGGCAAUGUGAUCGACCUGUGCCCGGUGGGCGCUCUGACCAACAAGCCUUACAGCUUCGUGGCCCGUCCCUGGGAGAUCCGCAAGGUGAGCAGCAUCGAUGUGCUCGAUGCCGUCGGCAGCAACAUCGUGGUCAGCACCCGAACCAACGAGGUGCUGCGCAUCCUGCCGCGUGAGAAUGAGGACGUCAACGAGGAGUGGCUGGCGGACAAGUCGCGCUUCGCCUGCGACGGCUUGAAGCGCCAGCGCCUGGUGGCACCCAUGGUCCGCAUGCCGAACGGCGAACUGCAGGCCGUUGAGUGGGAGGGCGCCCUCAUUGCGGUGGCCAAGGCCGUUAAGGCGGCCAACGGCAAGGUGGCCGGCAUUUCGGGACAGCUGGCCGAUCUGGAGGCUCAGGUGGCCCUCAAGGAUCUGCUAAACAAGCUGGGCAGCGAGGCGGUUGCCACCGAGCAGGGCUUCGUCCAGGGCGGCACUGACUCCCGGGCCAAUUACCUGCUGAACAGCACCAUUGCCGGCCUGGAAGAGGCCGAUGCCGUGCUUCUGGUGGGCACCAAUCCGCGCUACGAGGCUCCUCUGGUCAACACCCGUCUCCGCAAGGCGUACGUUCACAACGAACUGCAGAUUGCCUCGAUUGGACCCAAGAUCGAUCUGUCCUACGAGCACGAGAACCUUGGCGCCGAUGCCGCUCUAAUCAAGGACGUUUGCUCUGGAUCGCACGCCUUCUCCAAGGUCUUGGAGGGUGCCAAGAAGCCGGCCAUCAUUAUCGGUGCCGAUCUGCUGGAGCGUCCCGAUGGCGGCGCCAUUCAUGCCACCAUCGCCGACUACUGCAAGAAGCUAAAGAAGCCGGACUGGAACCCCUUCAAUGUGCUGCAGACAAACGCCGCCCAGGUGGGCGCCUUCGAUGUGGGCUACAAGGCCGGUGCCCAGACCGCCGUGAAGGCUCAGCCCAAGGUGCUCUUCCUGCUGAACGCUGAUGCCGGCAAGGUGACCCGCGAGCAGCUGCCCAAGGACUGUUUUGUUGUGUAUAUCGGUUCGCAUGGCGAUAAUGGUGCCUCCAUUGCCGAUGCCGUGCUGCCAGGUGCCGCCUAUACCGAGAAGCAAGGAAUUUAUGUGAACACUGAGGGCAGGCCGCAGCAGACGCUGCCGGGUGUCUCGCCACCGGGCAUGGCCCGCGAGGACUGGAAGAUCCUGCGCGCUCUCUCCGAGGUGGUGGGCAAGCCGCUGCCAUAUGACAACCUGGACGAGCUGCGCAACCGCCUGGAGGAUGUGGCGCCGCAUCUAACGCGCCUGGGUCAACUGGAGCCAGCCGGCGAGGCCGGUGCAGCGGGCGCCAGCAAAUCCAUUGGCGGCGGCCCCAUUGACAUCAAGUUGAAGGAGCUGCGCGACUACUUUAUGACCGACGCCAUUUCACGCGCCUCGCCCACCAUGGCCAAGUGCAUAUCGGCGGUCAACAAGCAGCAGCGGGAGAACGAGGCCAAGCAGAGCGUUGCCAUCUAGGGCGGGCGCCUCUUCUGAUCUAAACAAACUAACUAAUUAAUGUGUUUUUUUUUUUUAACUCUGCUCUUCGCUUGUGGCCCCGCCACUCCCAUAAAUUACGUACGAACCGUUUUUAGACAGCACCAUGAGUCGCCGCAGGAUGAGCCAGUCAGCGCAGGAGCAGGAUCAGGAUCAGCAAUCUGUGGCUGCGGCAGCGCUGGGGCAGUUGUAAAGGAGAAAAAAUAAGAGUCUUUUUGUUGUUGUUCAAAACAAAGAGGGAGUUAUUCAAUACGAGAAAUAGGAAAAAACAAAAUAAAAAUGUAAUAGAAAAAUA